GCAAACAUUCCUGGUGUGCGCGAGUGUAUUGUGUGUCGCCGGCUGGCGGUUGUAUCCUCGCACGCUGCAGCAGGGGGAUCAGAAGGUUUGUCUCCACGAGUGUGUUGCGCGGGUGGCCAGCGGGGGUAUCAGGCAAGCGAGCUCGGCGUUGCGUCGAAGGUGGUCAGGAGCAGGUGUGCGGGGGGGCAUGCGCUCUGUGUGGAGUUUUUGGAAAUCCCGUUCCUGGCGCGCCACAGUCGCUCGAGACGCUGACGCUGUUUGUUGCGGAGGGGAAGUAGCAAGAGAAGAGGGGAUCAGCGCGGGGCGGGUUGUGGCUGAUCCGCCGUUGCUGUGGGUGACAAGUUUCCUGGUAUUGUUGCUGGUGGGAAAUGGGAUGUCGUUUUUGUGCUUGGUGACUGACUGACUGACUGACAGCUGCCGGCGCCUUCGAGGUGUCUGUCUACAUAGUCUGCGCGCUCAUUUUUCGCGAGCGACUCUUUUGCUGAAAAUGACAAGGAACAUCCCAACUGCCAUCGCCGCAGCUCUGCGUCCCAGUGUUUGCGCGCAUGCUCUGUCUCAUCAUUGCUGCCUGUCGCCAACUCUUCGAUCGUUGAGGGAUCGUCGAGGUGCUAUUGUAGUGCCGCCUGCUUCCUUGUCGGGCUCUGUACGAGCGCACCAGGGCGGCCAAUAACUCUUAUUGGGCCCAUUCUGUCCUUUUUCUUCUUGUCCGCCGCAUCUCAUCGCUUCAUUUCCUCCACUCCAUUCCUUCUCUCGCCAUCCACUUUCUCUCCUCGAUUCUCCGCUUUCGCUUUCCCUUUCUCCCCUUUUCGAUAAUCCGGAGCGGGACCGGAUUCCCGCGCAAGAAGGCGAUUCGGCGGAGUGGCGGCGGCGAUGGCGGAGUCUGCUGCGGAGAGCGCUGCAGCUCCCGAGCUGGCCGCCAACGGCGUCGCGGCGAAGGUUGCGGCGGACGGCGGCGGGAAACCUGCGGCUACUGCGUCCGCGGCAGCAGCAGCAGCAGCAGCAGAGGAUCCGACCUCAGGUGCUGUUCAUGGUGAUGUGAAGACGAUUGGGAAGCCUGGGGAUAGUGCCGUGGAGGUGGCAGCGGCGGGAAGCGGAGGAGAAGGUGAAGGGAAAUCAGCGGCAGUAACAGAAUCUGUGGCGGCGGCGAUGGACAUGGAUGUGGAGGGUGCGCCAGCGGAAGCCGCGGCGGCGGCGACGGCGGCGGCGGAGAGCAAAGAAACCAAGGACCAGAGAAUGGGCCAGGAAGCGAUGGUAGUUGACACACCCGCGAAGAAGGCGAGGGCAGAGUCGUCUCCGGAGGGCAAGGAAAGCCCCGCCUCCGACGUCGCAGCGGGGGAUCCGCAGAAGCCGGAGGAAGAAGACAAAGAUGUUGAAAAGAUGAAGGACGAAGCGAAGGUGGAGGAAAAUGGGGGCGAUGGCGAGGAAGACAGUCGGAAGGGGAACGCGGAAGAAGCAAAACCAGCCAGCGCGGGGAAAAGAGGCCGGAAGCGCAAGAGCCCUUUGGGCUCUUCGUCGCCUAUAGCGCCUCCGUCUCCGUUAUCCCCAGAGAGGACCAGGCCGACAAGGGAGCGGAAACGAGCGGAAAGAUACGAGGUGGAGGACCGGAGAGACAAAAAUGAUACCCCGCUUGAGAUUAAACAGGGAAAAGGGACGGCCUUCAAGGAUAUUCCUAACGUGGCUUACAAGAUAGGAAAGCGAAGCCGGACAGAUGAUCUCCUCCACAUGCUGCACGUUCUGUUAUUUAGGCGUCGUGCUAAGCAACAAACUGUUAAGCACAACGUCUUACAGUUCUCUGGUUUCGUAUGGGAAAAUGAGGAUAAAGACAAGAUGCCAGUCAAGGACAAGCUGGACAGAUAUACGAAAGAAGGACUAAAUCAGCUUCUUGAUCUGUUGGAUCUUCAGAAAGGCGGGAAAAAGGAGGAGCAGGUACAUCGCAUAAUGGAAUUUCUGGAGUCACCACAUAAAACAACAGACAGCAUUCUAGAAGAUAAAGACAAGAAGGGUAAGAAGCGCAAGUCGACAGGCUCGAAGGGAAGAACACCCAAGAGGGCCAAGAAAGAGGGAAAAGCAAAGACGAGUGGUAAAAGCAAGGAUGCACCUGCUGAUGGAGGAGAGGAGGAGGAGGAAGAGGACGACGACGACGAUGAUGCAGAAGACAAGUCAGGAUUGGAAGACGAAACAGAGGGAAAGAAGGCGAUCAAGUUGAAAGAGAAAUCGGAUGGCGAAUCGGAAGACGUAGAGAGUGACGAGGAGGACGGUGAUGAGGUAGACAAGGAUGGACCUGCAAGUGAUGAAGACGAGAAAGUGUCUGCCAAAGGAAGGAAGGAGGGAAAGAAGGGGAGUGCUAAGAAGGCGACCCCUGUGAAGGUGAAAAAGCAAACGCCAAAGAAACGGACACCCAAGAAGGACUCGGCAAAGAAAACGCCUUCCAAGAAGUCUACGCCGAAAGAAAAGAAAUCAGUGAAAUGGAAGGACGGUUCAAAUGAGGAGGCUGGCAAAAGCGGGGCAAAAGGCAAGGGAAAGGGGGGUGACUCAUCAGCCGAGAAAUCGAAAAGCUCGUCGCCGAGAGUGUCAAGUCCAGGUGACAAGGUCGUGAAGGGGCAACCUACUGAAGACGAGCUAAAGGAGAAAAUUACAGAGCUCCUGAAUGGAGCUGAUUUGAAAAAGGUUUCUCUGAAGAAUGUUAGGGAGCAGCUUGAGAAGCAUUUUAAGUGCGACUUGGACUCGAGAAAGAAAUCGAUAAAGGAGAUUGUCUAUGAGGUGAUUCCAGAGGACUCGGAUGAGUGAAGUGGCCGGGAGUCGGUUGAAUGGGUUGCAAGACGAGCGAGGUGAUGUUGAUUUUUGUUGGUGCCUCAAGUGAGAUGGUAGAGGGCUGAAGGUGGUGGCAGAAGGAUGCAUGGGGAUGUGUGAAGUAGUCAAAGUUAGUAGUGAGGAGAGUCCGGGUGUACUCUCCAUUCGGGUUACAGGGCGGUUUUUUCGGUGCAAGUCACUGUAAAAGCAGGCUGGGUGGUCCCUUGGGUUGGUGAUGGAUUUUGGGGGUGAGAGGUGGAGAGGAGGGCAGUAUGGGCACCCUUGUGUCAUCUAUAGAAUGCGAUAGGGUAUGGGGACACCCUUCUGUUUGCUUCCGGUCGAGGGAAGGAGGAGGCGGCGGUGCUUGUGAGAAUCCGGCGCAUUAGAGUGGUUUUAUUUUAUUCCAACACACCUCAGGCGAUGACGGCUGCUGCGGUUUCCGCCUGCUGAUUACCCAGUAUGGCUAGGUGCCUCUUGUAUGGUGUCGACGGUAGUGCUCCUGAUGUUACUCGCGUGAAGUUGUAUUCUUCAGUUUACAGGUUGGUGGGUAGAUGUGCGCUGCUCCCAAGGAACAUAGCAUUGGUGCUGUGCCAUAAAGGGCUCAAUUUAGUGUACAGUUGUAGGUUAAUAUGAACAGAUCAACAACAGGAGGGAGAGGGCGGUUCCAGGUGUUUCUGAGCAAGGAUACAUCCAAGAGAGUUGUUGGUGGGAGGAAGGAAGAGGAUGGGAGCACUGGCGUGAAGUGGUCAGCGGUUUUGUGGGACAGCGCCCUCAUUGCUUCGCAAAGGAAGGUAUAUAGAUACUGCGGUUCAAAAUGAAGGUGAGUUUUGGUUGGAUGCCUUUCCCUAUAUACAUGGCAGGGUAUGUGCUGCAUGUGAGCAUGCCUGGGCAGUGUAUGCUAGUAGCUGGCUAGGGUCACUGUUUGCUCGCCUGUUCACUUGUCUUGAGGCAUGAAUCUUUGCUGGGCAUGCUGGAUCACGACAAGUAACAAAAGGUGGGAGAGAGAGGGAGAAAGAGAGCAGGUCGAUGGGGGGGGCAAUCGGGAAGGGGCACAGACACAUACACAGACAGAGAGAGAGAGAGAGAGCAUAUGGUGGUGACAAGUGAGGAUCUGGCGCAAGCCUUCAGCGCUUCGAGACUGGUUCUUGAAGAAUGCUGCAGGUAUAAGCCUCUUGAAAACCUUUGUUGCCACAACAUAGUUUUUCCUUUCAAUCAUGAUCUGCCAAUGUCCCGCCACGGAAUUUUUUGUCUGCCUUUUGGCCCAACUGUUAUUGUUUUUUGCAGUUAAUUGCGGGGUACAUAAUCAGAGGAUUGGUCAUGCGUAGAUGUCCUCCUACAGGCCCCUCUCUGCGUGUCUGUCCUCUCUGCAGUUGACAGUGGAAAGAAAACCAGUUUUCGGGUCUCGUACUUGAGAGCAUGUGUGCUGUAUGUUGCAUGUAUAUAUAGGCCUCAUAUAUGUUGCCCCAGGAUCAGGCGCCCUGUGUUUUGGGGCACUGUUCAGGUGCGUUGAUGAUGGACUUUGUCACGAGAAACUGUGCGUCAAGCACCCGAGUGCUGUGGCUGCUGCCCUCUCCUCCGUCAUGUUGUUCGGUCUCCCUUUGCCCAUUGAUCCUUCCUUCCUUGUAAUUGAUGCUUUGUAUUUUGCCCAUUUCCUAGUGUUCUGUUCUAUUAUAUCAUCCAAUUGCGAUUCUCGACUUGGCAUUCAUUGUUAUUCUCAUGGUCAUGGCAUUCACGGUCCUUCUGUUAAUGUAUAUGUGAAAAAUGAGUGUCAUGAGCAAAAGUUUUUUUUUUCCCCUACCCAGUUUUCAUGCUCAAUCGCGGGAGUAAUUUCAAAUGCCACCUUGUCGAGUGUAGGGAUAGUGUGGUGGCGGAAGCCUGUGACAGGGGUAUGCUUUGCUCUCUCCCUCGUACGCCACCUUCUCGAGAGGAGCCUUGUCCCUGAGCCCGCCUUCGUAUAGGGUUACUUGUCGUUAACUUCUCUUAGUGAGAUCUUCUUACUCUUCUCUCAGUUCAGGUACGGGUCGUUUCUGAAGCUCAUGUCUUUCGUUGCGGGUUAUACACUGAGUCUGUCCGUUGGGUGCAGUGAAUCGCUUGCAUCGUGCGAACGGGGUUUCUUGCAGUACUGGGUCGCUCUAUUGAGUGCUCGUGAUAUCAUAAGGCAUUGGUAUUUUGCUGACGUUAUUUAUUUUGAGAUUCU